AUGUUCCCAACCAACGCUGCUCUUCGACAAACUGCCUCCGCCCUCCAACGGCCCGUUCUCCGAUCAGCCCUUCCUCAUGGCUCCAUCUCUUCUACAGGUUUAGGUAUCGCUGGUAGAAGGUGGAACACCCAAGAGCAAAGAGGUGGUAAAUCCAAGCUUAUCUUCCGAUUCGGGCUCAGAGACAUCCCUGUUGAGCUCUAUCCAAUGGCUUUCGUCGUAGGUGCCGCUUGUAUCGGAGCUGGAUUCGCUGUGGGUCGACAUUUCUACCUUGACGGUCUUCGUACUGGUCCUGUCAAAAAGGAGUAA